CGAAGGUCUUGUCUUCUUGGGGCUGAAGAGAUCUUUGCUGUGACGUUGACAGUGGCGUCAGUUCCCACUGACGUCACGCUUGGCUUUCCACAAGGCCGCAGGGACACUCAGUGAAGAAAAUGGAGGAGUAUGCACGUGAGCCAUGCUGACACACAUGCUGUGUGUAUAUCCGAUCGAAGCCCCUGGCGGAUCGUGGACGACUGCGGGGGAGCGUUCACGAUGGGCGCCAUCGGCGGAGGGAUCUUCCAGGCUGUGAAAGGCUUUCGAAAUUCACCGGCUGGUUUAAACCACAGGCUGCGAGGGAGCCUCACAGCAGUAAGGACCAGAGCACCACAGCUGGGAGGGAGUUUUGCAGUUUGGGGUGGUCUCUUCUCCACAAUUGAUUGCGGGCUGGUCAAGAUACGGGGCAAAGAGGAUCCCUGGAACUCCAUCACCAGCGGGGCUAUGACAGGGGCAAUCUUGGCGGCACGAAAUGGCCCUGUGGCUAUGAUGGGUUCUGCAGCAAUGGGAGGCAUACUGCUAGCAUUGAUAGAGGGUGCUGGAAUCCUACUCACAAGAUUUGCUUCAUCACAGUUUCCAACUGGGCCCAAGUUUGCAGAGGAGCCCACCCCCAUGCCCACCCCUUCAUUUGGGGAUUACAGACAAUAUCAAUAAGAGGAUCAUUCCCCUUCAACUGACCUUCAGGCCUUUUUUUUUUUUUCCCCCCAUGAACUCACUGUUUCCCUUGUUGAAGAACUGUGGGAGGGCUUAGACAUUAAGCAUUGCUGGAAUGCUACCAAUUUGUGUGAACUGUACACGGAGACGAGUUUACUUAUUCAUGACAGUUGUAUGCAGCAUAUUCUGAUUGCGAUUUAAGAUGCUUAUUGCAUGUACAUGGCUAAUUUCUUUAGAACCAGUAUCAGUUGCGAAGAGAUGGCUGGGUGAAUGCCUUUCACCUUGUCCAUAUGAUGCAGCCGCGAAUCUCUCUGGGGUCCACAUGAAUGCACUUUCUCUGCAGUUAAAUUUCAGACUACAGAAUUUUCUGGGACCUGCUCAUGCGCUUAAGUCGACAAUGGGGAUUGUGCACACCGUUUUGUCCUAUUGAAGAUGGAUCAAUCCCAAACUCAUAUGUUGUCUGUGUGUGUACAUAAAGGCCUUUCCAAAGUGACUUUUUAUGUAUUGCUUUCUAACUUCUUGACUUUUAGUUGUUCUGUGUUCAGUUCUUUUAAUGAUCAGUGUAACUUUAAAGUAACAGUAACUUUUUUUUUAACUGAUGUUGCAGACAGACAUGCAAACUGUUUCGUCCAUGGUCUGAAAAUCUGCUGAAUUUCAUAUGGCUUUUAUUUGUGCCUAGAAGGCCUUUGUAAAUUACAUGGACAUAGACAGGGAUCCAGUACUUCAUGUGAAUACGUCUGGUCUAAUAAGAUCGUACUAGCCGUUGACUGUUACUGCAUAAAUGGUGCAGAAUGUAAAGCUUUGCCCUGUAAUAAGUGCCAUAUGUUUUUACUCAUGGGUUAUCUGAUAAGGACCUGUAUGACAGGAUGGAGAGAGAUCUUUAAAUUUACAAUUAAAGCCAGCAAGUACUUGAGAGCUGGAGCUGCCACCUUACACUUGAACAACCUAGGUUUGAAUCCCAGCUGUAGUACCCUUGAGCAAGGCACUUACCCUAAAUUGUGCCAAUA